AUGUCUUCUUUCUUCACAAUCCCCGGCGCGAACAAGAAGCGGAAAAGAACAGACGCCCCUGCGGCCCCCAAGAAGCGAAUUGCCGCCUCCAAGUCCUCCAACAGAGCCCCUCCGAAAUCGUCUGCGGCUAAAGGCAAGAGGUCCGCGACGGCGGCAGUACCCGCCUCCAAAAAGCGAAGUGAGCGCGAUGAAGACGACGAAUCGAUUUCGGGUAGCGACUCGGACGACGGGGACAUAGUCUCCGCCGCGGAGGAGAGCGACAAUGGCUCGUCGGAGGACGACGGUGUCGCGGGCGAGACUGCCGCUGAGCGCCGCCUGCGGCUCGCGGAACGCUACCUCGAGAACGUCAAGCAGCAAGUGGACGAGGUGGGCUUCGACGCCGCCGAGAUUGACCGCGACUUGAUCAACGAGCGGUUACAAGAGGACGUGGCCGAGUCCAAGGGCAAGGUCUACCGCACCCUCGUCGACGAGCUCGCCUUCGACCGCGCGACCUCGUCCUUCUUCCGCAACAACACCGAGACCUUCACCUCCGUCGCCGUCAAUGCCCCUUACGCCUACACAACGACCAAGGACAUGUACCUGCACAAGUGGAGGAUACAGGACCUCCCCCAACACCAAUUCCCGCAGACCACCAAGAAGAAGCCCAAGAAGCCGCCCGCCCCGCCGCGCAAGAAGCCCGAGUUAGACAACUGGCUGAGGGGCAACCUACACUUCGCAACAAAAAAGUCGUUCCAGCGCCACGUUGACAAGAUCCUGUGUGUUGCUGCGUCGCCGGACGGCAAGUACGUCGUCACGGGCGGCGAGGACCGCAGGCUCAUCAUCUACGACGCCGAGACCCUUAAGCCCAUCCGCGUCUUCACCCACCACCGCGACGCUGUCACCGGUCUCGCCUUUCGCCGCGGCACGAACCAGCUCUACUCUUGCUCAAAGGACCGCACGGUCAAGGUCUGGAGCUUGGACGAGCUUGCCUACGUCGAGACCCUUUUCGGCCACCAGGACGAAAUUGUGGACAUCGACGCUCUUGCUCAGGAGCGCUGCGUGAGUGUAGGUGCACGUGACCGGACAGCACGUCUGUGGAAGGUCGCCGAAGAGACGCAGCUCGUCUUCCGCGGCGGCGCCGUAGACAAGAAGUCCCGUCCGGACGUCGACCCGCGGUCACUCCCGCACGAGGGCAGUAUGGACCGUGUUGCCAUGAUUGACGAUGAGCUCUUCGUCACGGGCAGCGAUAACGGCUCCCUUGCUCUCUGGAGCGUCACAAAAAAGAAGCCACUACACAUCUUCCCCAUGGCCCACGGUCUGGAACAAGCCCUCCGGCCGGACGAGGCCUCGGCGGAUCACAAUCCGGACCCGAGCAUCGUGCCGCCGCCGCAACCGCGGUGGAUCACGGCUCUCAAGACGAUCCCUUACUCAGACGUCAUCCUCAGUGGAAGUUGGGAUGGCUGCAUAAGGGUAUGGCGCCUAAGCGAGGACAAGAGAAAAAUCGAAGCAGCGGGCGUCCUCACAUCGGAGGCCGAGCAGGUCUCGAGAGCCGGCAAGAGCAAGCCAGAAGAUGCCGCCGGCGGCUUGAAGGGGGUGAUUAACGAUAUUGCCAUCUUUGAACGCGGUGAGCGUGGGCAGGAUGGCGUUUGCGUUGUGGCGGCGGUUGGCAAGGAGCACAGGCUGGGCAGGUGGCAGAUGCGCAAGGGCAAGGGGAAGAACGGUGGAUAUGUGUUUGAGGUGCCCAAAGUCUUGAAAAAGCCGGAGGUGAACGGCAACCAUAAUGACGCAUCGAAUUCGGAAAGCGAGUAA